AUGGCGAAGCAGGAACAGCUUGGAGUUGACGACAGAGGCGUCCUACAGCGCACUCGCACUCGCACGGCAACAGACUGGGAUGGGCCUAAUGACCCGGACAACCCUCGAAAUUUCUCUCUGCUCCGCCGAAUAUCCUCGACGCUGGCAGUCACUCUUCUCGCCUUUGUGAGCACUCUGGCAGCUUCGCUCUACAGUCCAGCCCACGAGGUGGUCUCGAGGCAAUUUGGCGUGUCGGACGAGGUCGCCAUCCUUCCACUAUCCAUCUACACUUUCGGUCUGGCUUUCGGACCUACCAUCGGAGCUCCUUUGAGCGAGACGUUCGGUCGCAAAGCGGUCUUCUUGACCACCACCCCUAUAUUCGCUCUCUUCACUCUAGGAGCGGGCUUUUCACAAGGGCCUGCAUCAUUGAUUGUUUGUAGAUUCUUUGCCGGGGUGUCUGCCUCACCGGCUAUCAGUAAUGCCUCCGCCACCAUCGUCGACUAUACUGCUGGACGGUAUAGAGCCGUCUCGUUGGCAUUCUACUAUUCUAUACCGUUCUGUGGGGCGGUCAUUGGGCCUCUUCUUGGUGGUUUCGUUGUCGAGACCAAAGGCUGGCGCUGGACACAAUGGGUCACUCUCUUCUUCAUCGUCGCGUUUUACAUCCCGACUAUAUUCACCAGAGAAACCUACAAAAAGACCAUUCUUCAACGGCGAGCGAAGAGGCUCAAUAUUCAAGGUCCACCUCAACACCGCCGGUCGAUUCUUGCCUCAAUCAGGUACUUCUUGACAACCCUGUUUCUCCGCCCCAUCCACAUGCUGGUUACCGAGCCGAUCGUCACCAUUGUAUGUCUAUAUAAUGGUUUCAUCUUCGGCUUGAUGUACGCCUUCGUCGUCGCCUCACCUUGGGUGUUCCAGCGCUACUACGACUUUUCGCUCACAGGCCAGUCCUUGUCAUUUCUCGGCCUUAUAGCAGGUACUGCUCUUGCACCGUGUCCGCUAGUUUUGGUCGACGCGUACAUCUACCAACCGCGCCUGAAACAGUUUCGCGCUGAAAACUCGGGGGGUGACGAGCGAUUUUCCCCGGAACAUCGCCUUUAUCCAAGCAUGAUUGCAUCCUUCUUCAUUCCUGGCUGCCUGUUGAUAUUUGCAUGGACAGCACACGCUGAAGUCCAUUGGAUCGUGCCGAUCAUAUUCCAGGGUUUGGCAUUCACCGCUACUGUCAUGGUGUAUGCGUCUAUGAACUUGUUCAUGGUCGAUGCCUACGGGCCGCUUUACGGUGCGUCAGCUUCUGGUGCUGCCAUGCUGUCGAGAUAUGGUCUAUCAGCUGCAUUUCCUCUCUUUGCUCUCAAGUUCUACAAGGCACUCGGCGUGGGAUGGGCGACUUCAAUCCUGGCCUUUUGUACCUUGAUAAUGGCGCCGAUGCCUUGGAUGUUUUGGCGGCAUGGUGAGUUGUUAAGGUCAAAGACGAAGUAUGAGACAAGCACGUGA